AUGCAGUCUCUCACCUCGUCAGUCGUGGGCCUACUUGCUCGCUUGCUCACAGCAGCGUUGCUCCUCGCCGCUGGCGCUGUUGCUGUCGACUAUGCACGCAUGCUGUACAGGCGGCGCUCGUUGCCGCCAGGUCCAAUGCCAUGGCCGCUAUUUGGAAAUUACUUCCAGACCCCGAAGGAUCGUCCCUGGCUUGAGUGGGAACAGUGGUCCAAAAAGUACGACAGUACGAUGCUGACACUAUGGGUCGGUCGUGAGCCUCGAAUCAUUAUCAACGAUGCGUGGGAUGCGUGCGAGCUGAUGGAGAAGAGAGCCGACAUCUGGUCUUCCCGGCCACAUUUGAUUGCCAUGGGCGAUGCCAUCAAUCUGACCGAAACGAAUCAGACAGUCCUGCCUUAUGGUGACCGAUGGCGAUUGCAUCGUCGGCUCAUGCACACUGCAGUAGGAACACAGGCUGUUCGGUCGUAUAAGGGCUUUCAAGCAGACGAAUCUAAGAUCCUCACUCGAGAUAUUCUGGAAGACCCGGAAGACUAUGUAAUGUCUAUCGAAAGGUACAGUGUAUCAGUCACAUCGAUCGUUGGUUGGGGACGCAGAAUCGACCGCAAGAACGACCUUAUUGCCCAACAGGCACUGAAGUUGAUGGAAGGAGUGGAUUUGGUCAUUCCGGGUCUCUACAUCAUUGAAGCGCUGCCUUGGCUUUGCAAGCUUCCGCGAUGGCUGUAUAAGUUUCCAACGGACUUAUGGCACGGGUCCGCUAUUGGAGCGAGGUUCUUCUGGAUGUUAUCCAAGGAGGGCGCCGACGCACCUGAGGACAACUUUGCGAAACGCCUCAUCCUCGGCCAGGAGAAGGAGGGCCUUACUGACCUUGAGGUGGCUGGACUUGCGGGCAAUCUUCUCGGCGGUGGAGUGGACACGACAACAAGUACCAUGCUUAGUUGCAUACUCGCCAUGUGUGCAUUUCCGGAUGUCCAAAGAAAGGCACAGGCGGAGAUCGACAGCGUUGUUGGGAAAGAUCGCUCACCAAGUUGGGAGGACAUUGCGGAGAACCGGCUUCCAUAUAUCGAGGCCAUCGUGAAGGAGGCACUCCGCUGGCGCACAGUCACAAUCCUUGCAGGCAUCCCGCAUGCCAAUACCGUUGACUUCGACUACAAAGGCUACCAUUUCCCUGCAGGCACUAACGUCACGGCGAAUAUGUGGGCGAUUCACCGAAAUCCCAGAGAUUUUCCGGAACCAGACGUCUUCAGGCCCGAACGCUUUCUGAACGGCCUGGAACGUCCAUAUCCGAAUGCUCGAGGCAGCAAUCCAUUCGGCUUCGGCAGGAGAAGUCAUUUGGCUUUUGACAUGCGCCCAGGUCUUGACCAGAAUGGUCAGGAAAUUAAGCUAGACCUUUUCGCUUAUUCUGCGAGCGAGAAUAUCCGACCGUUGCCAUUCAAGGCUCGCUUUAUAUCACGUUCUGAGGACAUCAGUCGUCUCAUUACCGAUGAGGCGGUGCGCGCGCGGGACGCUCUGCGCGUAUACGACGGCGAGACCAGAGUGACGAUGGCAGAGGCGGCGAAGAAUCCUGCAUAUAACUGA